AUGUGGUGUAAGGCGGUGAUUGACAGCCGAGGACAGCGAAUCAGCUGCAGCCAUUUUGUGGUGGAGGGCGGUUUCAUCGGGGCAGACCGGAAGAGGGAGGCCACACCCACCAGGUAUCUCUCCAGAGCUGUGUUGAUAACUGACCGCUCCAUUCUGCCCAGUGACUCAGACCAACAGGUCUCCAUGGUAACGGUUCCUCCAAUAGAGCUCAACAGUCCCGCCCUUCGUCCCGCCCCCUCGUCUGAGAGACCUUGGGUUCCAACGCAGUUCAUCUCCAACGAGCCUACUGUCACUGAGUGCGCUAAGGGUGAAGAGGAAGGGAGAGAGGACAGUCCCCUGUGGAGCCCCAGUGUUGCUGACCACCCUGUCAGACACACAGUUCUUACUGUGGUCUGCCCGUCAGAACAAGCAGCACAGCAGAAGGCUGAAGUGGACAAGCUGAAGACUGAAGUGGACAAGCAGAAGACUGAAGUGGACAAGCUGAAGACUGAAGUGGACAAGCAGAAGCAACAACAGCUAGUCCGACAGGUUGCAUUCUCAGCCUCUCUGUCUGGAGGCGAAUCAGUUACUUUUGGACCCUUUUCCUCGGACACUACCCUGAUCUACAAAUACGUUCGCACCAACAUCGGAAAUGCCUACAACCCAACCACAGGUGUGUUCACUGCCCCGGUGAGAGGAGCGUACCACUUUGAGUGGAAGGUCGGUGCACAUGGAGAUCGCAGCUAUCCUGCAGCUGCUUGGUUGUUCAAGAACUCACUGAGGGUUUUCGUGGCAUACGAGAAACAGGCGGACGGUUUUAUGAGUUCUUCUAAUGGCGUUACACUGCUGCUGGAGGUGGGAGACAGAGUGUCUGUGCGUCUGUGGGUAUGGUGUAAGGUGUAUGACAAUGGAAAUCACAACACCACCUUCAGUGGCCAUCUGCUGUUCCCCAUGUAAGACAGAAACAGCAACUCUGUGAUAGUCACACAGGUUGUUGUCUUAAACAAUUCCAAUUUUAAAGUGAUUGUUUCUGAUUCUUUCUCGUUUCUGUCAUUUUAUUCAAAUAAACAUAUAUCUGAGCAAUUA